AUGCGUGGGGGGGCUUCACAUGUGUACACAGGUAGUCACACGGCUCAAACCUAUCACACAAAACAUCAAUCACCUAUUCAAAUUAUCGAAGAGAAUUUGACAUCUAUGUUAUUAUUACAAAUUAUAGCCACAAUUAUGUCAUCAAUUCCAUUUGGUGUUCAAUUAAUGUACAGUUUAAUUACAAACGAUGUAUCUAAAGAUUUAUUAUGUUUAGCUUGGGAAAAUUUAGCAUUACAAAUUGCUCGUAUAUUAUUCUAUACUGAUUAUUCAUGUAAUUUUUAUAUUUAUUUAUCAACAAAAAUAUUUCGUAAACAAUUAUGUAAUAUAAUUAAAAAAUGUCUUUUUCCAACUACAUGUAUGAUUGAAGAUAGUAGAUCUACAGGAAGAAAAUUAAAUGUAUUAAAAAUACAAAAUCGUCCAGAUUAUAUUCAUACCGUAACAGGAUGA